AUGGAGUGGAGAAGCCUUCCGGUGGAAUUGCAAGAAGAGAUACUUUCUAGGGUUCCGGCUAAAUAUUUGGCACGAUUGCGAUCAACAUCGAAACAAUGGAACGCUCUAUCGAAAACUGGGAGUUUUGCUAAGAAGCACUCUGCUAAUGCAACAAAGGAGCCUCUGAUUAUCAUGUUGAAGGAUUCUAGGGUUUACUUAGCAAGUGUCAAUCUCCAUGGAGUUCACAACAACGUUGCUCAAUCUUUUGAGUUAGGAUCUCGAUUGUACCUUAAAGAUCCGCACAUUUCUAACGUCUUUCACUGUGAUGGCUUGUUAUUGCUCUGCUCCAUUAAGGAGAAUACACUCGAGGUUUGGAAUCCAUGUUCAGGAGAAGCCAAGUUAAUUAAACCUAGACACAGCUACUACAAGGAAUCAGACUUUUAUGCUCUUGGUUAUGACAACAAAUCCUCCUGCAAGAAAUACAAAGUCUUGAGGGUGAUUAGUCAAGUCCAUGUUCAAGGUGACUUCAAGAUUGAGUACGAAAUCUAUGACUUCACCAAUGAUUCUUGGAGGGUUCAUGGUGCGACUACCGAACUGUCUAUAAGACAAAAGCAUCCCGUGUCUGUGAAAGGAAGUACUUAUUGGGUUGUUCGUAAUAGGUAUUUUCCAUAUAAAUACUUCCUAAGUUUUGAUUUUUCAACCGAGAGAUUUCAAAGUCUGUCUCUUCCUCAGCCGUUUCCUUAUCUGGUUACGGAUUUAUCAGUGGUUAGAGAAGAGCAACUCUGUCUGUUUGGUUAUUAUAAUUGGUCAACAACUUCAGAAGACUUAAAUGUAUGGGUGACAACUAGUCUCGGAUCAGUCGUGUCAUGGAGCAAGUUCUUAACAAUACAAAUCAUUAAGCCGAGAGUGGAUAUGUUUGAUUAUGGGAUGAGUUUCUUGGUCGACGAGCAAAACAAAUCUUUAGUGUGUUGGAUCUCCCAAAAAGUCUUACACAUUGUGGGAGAAAUUUAUCACAUACAAGAUUUGGAUGAUCAUGGUAGAGAUUCUGCGUUAAGAUCAUCAUGCUCAGUUCUUAUGAAUUAUGUUCCAAGUUUAGCCCAAAUCCAAUAAAGAUUUGGCCUGAUCUCUUGGAGGAGGCAAACACAAAGGACUUUGUAUGAAUUCUGUUCCAAUUUUGACUUGUAAUUCUCGCACCAAUCUAGCCAAGUCCCUUUUUCUUUUUUUCCUUUAGGAACUUUAAUAUUGAUCAGGUUUAAGGUUUUC